AUGGAACCAGAUCAAUUCACCUCCUCGGUCCCCAUUCGAGUUGCCAUUAUUGGUGCUGGCAUUGGGGGCCUGGUUCUUGCCCAGUUACUCCGCAAUGAUAAGAGAUUUGAUGUGACCGUCUAUGAGCGUGGGUCUCGAGAAGGCGAGGGUAACAGCCUCACCGGAUUCCGGAUUCUAGUCCUGCCUGAGAUUUUUGAAUCAAUGAGAGAGAAGAUGGAGCCAGAAGUCCGUGAACUACUGGGAAAGGCUGUUGGAGCAUCCAAGUCCAGUGGAAACCGAGUCUGUCUUAUGGACCAGGCUUGUAGUGUCAAGUUUCGCAACGAUACAGUAGAUUCGCUCUCAGCGUACUCGGUAUCUCGAUGGAAACUCCGCAAUGCCUUGCUUUACGGGCCUAGAGACUUUGUUAAAUUCAACAACUCCUUUCGGUCAUAUGAGCAGGGGGAAAACACUAUCACAGCAUACUUUGCUGAUGGCGAGACAAUAGAAUGCGAUCUCCUUGUCGGGGCCGAUGGGGCUGGAUCUCAGGUCAGAAAGCAACUUCUCCCGAAGAGCACACGGAGCGAUAGUGGCGUGACUAUCAUUUACUUCAAGGCGCCUUUCACCCCAGAGACUGAGGCCAUGAUCCCCUGGGAGUCUGGCGGGAUGGUUUUGACUCCCAGGCAAUCAAUGGUCAUAUCGUAUUUUAAGAAUCCAGAAAAGCCGUACGGUCCAUACAAUUUGGAAACCAUCAACCCAGAUGAUUCGUUUCUCAUGAUUGGUCUUGGCUGCUACUCGAACGAAUUUCAACAUCAAUCGAAGCAUCCAGAUAAAAUGACACCAGAGGAGUUAAAGGAUGAAUGUCUUGCCCGAGCGCGAGAAUGGCACCCUCUGCUUCGAUCGCUAAUUGCGAUUACUGUACCCAGCUCUGUCUUUAUCUCUUACCUGAAGACCCAGGAUCCGAUACGUCCCUGGCAAUCUGGCCGAGUGACCAUGUUAGGAGAUGCGGCUCACAGCAUGACCCCAUAUCUUGGAAGAGGAGCCACAAGCGCUAUAUCAGAUGCCAUGGCGCUUGCCGAAACUCUCCAGUCCGAGGAUCACGCACUCGUUACAAGACUUGCGGAGUAUGAGAUUUCCAUGCUCCAGAGAGGGUUUGCAGCAGCCAAGAGUAGCAUGUUUGUUCAUAAUCUUGUCUUCAUGGCCGGCAACAUGAGCUACGGUGCCAUGGCAAAGAAGAUACCUUAG